GUUGGAACAAGGACGCGUAACGUGCAGAAGCUCUCGCGCACAAAAAAUCUUUUCGCGAAACGGAGUACAACAAAAAAAAAUAGGAAAAAUAAAGCCCAAAACAUCAAUUUCUGUGUGUGCUUUGUGUUUGUGUGUGUUCGAUGCCCAAAUCAGCUGGGUCAAAAUCAAAUAAAAAUUCUCUCAUACAAAUAAUAUAAAUGUUGUGUGCGUUACGUAUACGCAACGUGUGACCACAACGUUGCUGUCACUAUUCGUGCGUACGUGUUGUGUGUGUGUGUGCUUGUGUGAGCGUGUGUUUUUAUUGAUUGCACGCUAUCUGCUACGUAGCUUUCAAGGAUAUACGAUGUAUUGAGCUGCUGCUUUAAAAUGUUACAAAACCGUAUUCAGGCAGCUGCAGCGGCGCCAUAGAACUGUUGCCCUGGAACUGCCAGCCACAGUCUGUCUGUCUAUUCGUCUGCCCGUCUCGUCUCUCUCUCUCGUGAGUGAGUGAGUGUGUGUUUUUGUGUGCGCCCAGUCAAGGUCGCCUCCUUUUUUCCUGUGCGUUCACACUGACAAAAUGUCACAAACAGAAACCUAAAAGCAAACAGCAAAUUUAAACAUCGACAAAUAUUACAAAAAAAAAAUCAAAUAUAAAAAGGAAAGAGAGAGAAAUCAUCAUCGUCAACAGCGGCUUCAACGCAUCAGCUGCCAAAGCAAAGUUAAAAUGCUGAGCCUGCAACAGAGAAACAGGCUAGCUCAGCCUGGCUGGCUGCUGCUGUUAACGUUGCUCUUGGCCACAUUAAGCCUGUGCCUCGCCUGUCGCGUCUCGGAGUUUGCGUGCAAAGGCAGCGGCAGCAUUGGCAGCAUCUGUGUGCCAUUGGACAAAUACUGUGAUGGACGCAACGACUGCGCCGAUGGCAGUGAUGAGCCCAAACACUGUUCCGUGUGCAAUCGGACAUAUUAUGGGGAUAUUGGACGUACAUAUGCCAUAAAAGUGCCAACACCACAGUGGAAUAAAUUGCCUUUCCUCUGUCACUUGACAUUCACCGCGUCCGGCCAUGAUCAAGGCGACAUCGUUCAGAUCAUCUUUGAUGGCUUUACGGUGGGCCGCUUCGAUGAGGGCAUGGUCGAUACGGAUGUGGACGGUUAUGAAACGAAUCUGAGUCCGACCGGUGAGCUGCCCGGCUGUCCCGAGGGUUUUAUGCAGCUCAGCGAACUGGGACGUCCAUUCACCGGUGGCUCCUGGUGCGGCAAGGCCACUGGACCGCAGUUAUAUUUCAGCGAAACAUCUACGGUGACAGCUUCAGUUAAGGUAUUUCAUCCGCCACGCAAUAUACGAGACGAGAAACCCUUCGAGUUCAGCAUAAGAUACAAAUUUAUUAGCCAGUCCGAUGCAGUUGUAAGGUAUGGACUGCCCGAUAAGCCAUUGGAAUUGGGACGUGUCACACCCGGCACCUAUUGUACAAGGCAAUUCGAUGAAUGCUAUCGUAACAAGUGUCGCCUGCAAAGUCCAAAUUAUCCCGGCAUGUAUCCAAGGAAUGUCACCUGCUAUUGGACCAUACGGCAAAAAGAGGUUCCCACCAGCAAGCAUGCCAUGAUUGCCGUCAGCCAGGAGAAUCAGCACAAGGCGUUAGUCAAGCGCUCGAUUGCCAGCUUCAAUAAGACCUCACGCUCGAUACGCGCCUGGUCGGAUUGUACGGGUGAACGGGAUCAUUUGAUAUUCUACGAUGGCAGCUCGACCAAUGAUCCCGUCCUGGCUAAAUACUGUGGUGGCGACUGGUUGCCCCGCGUUGUGUCACGUGGCCCAGAAAUGCUUGUGGCUUUCCAUUCCAGCCCCUUCUCGGCGCCUCUGCAACAAGGCAUUCCGAAUCGUGGCUUCGAACUGGAUGUGGAUAUAUUAUUUACAGACUCGGAUUCAUAUGAUUUUGCACAGGGCACGAAAAAUCUCUGUGAAUUUCACAUUAAUGCAUCGAAUCCCGAUGAUGUGCUGUUCUCACGUCGCGGCCGCAUGGGACGCAUUGUGAGUCCGCGUCACACGCUUCCGCCGAACACAACAUGCACGUACCACUUUCACGGAUAUCCUGGUGACCUGAUUUGGUUAUCGUUCACCAGCUACAAUCUGCAGAUACUGCAGCAGGCGAUACACGACAACAAUACGCUGGGACGGAGCGAUCUGCCGCCUUGGAUAACCCGACUGCGCAUGUGGGACAGUUAUGGCACCUACCUGCCCAUCAAGUCGACCAGUGUGACCACCGGACAACCGCCACCUCCGCCCCCCGUUGCCUCCUCGGCUGAUGGCGGCAAACCGACGCUGCUGAAUCAAAGCAACUACGGUAGCUAUUAUUACAGUGCCAGUAAUCCGAAAUUGAAUCGCAAUCUACGCGUCAACAUCGACAAUGCCUGGAAUCCCGUUGACACCUACAUCUAUGGUCCCACCCAGUCGAGUGUGUUCAAUCAGGAGAACAAGUACAGUGGCUAUCAAGGUAGCGGCGUCGGAGGUGGAGCUGGAGCUCCAGGCUCGGCCGCUGGCAAACAAUUGGGCGGCAUCAAGGAUAGCCUCAACUACAUAUCGAGUGGCAAGUCGGGGCGAGAUGGCCAAGGUGCUUCGGCUGCUGCAGUUGUCAGUUCGGAUAGGCAGAGUGCCGUCUCCUUGAUGAGCACCAAGGGCAAGCGUCGCCUAAUGCUUGAGAUCUACGACUACGAGACGCCCAAGUUGUGCGAUCACACGGCCAUUGGCAGCGGAGUCAGCGGCAGCAGCGCCCUCAUGGGUGGCAACAAGCAACGGCCCUGCAGUCCACUAGAGAGCUACGUGAGCACGGGCAGAGAUCUGAAACUGGAAUUUCACACGCACACAGGCACCGCGCUCUUUCCGGCUCAAUUUGCGCUCAACUACGAGUUUGUGGACACGGAACAAGGGGGCGACGCAUGGCCCGGUAGGCGUGGCGAGGAUCCAGUGCCGCCGCUGUGUUCGCGUGUAUUUCGCAAACGAAAAGGCAACAUUCAGGUGCCAAGGAAUGUGUUUCUCUACGGCCGAGGCGGGGCCAAGAACAUCACAUGCUUGUAUCGCUUCGAGGCGGGCACUUCGGAGCGUGUCAAGCUGGUGCUGCACAAUGUGUCCUUUGGCGAGGGCACCGCCUGUACCACGGACUCGGAUCUGCAUACGGGCAGGCCACGCUGCAAUCAACUGGAUCCCGAGGGACGCAUCACCGAGCUGCGACUGUACGAUGUGCCCUUCCGGGAUGUCAAGAUACAAUUGGGCUGCUUCUGUGAUAAUUCCAGCGCCUUGUACAGCAAUGCCCCCCUGACCUUUGUCUCGCACUCGCGGGUCAUGGAGCUGACCUUUACCGUCAGCAAACUGAACAUUUCCGAGGACUUUGCCGAUGUCUUCUUCUCGGCCUCGUAUGAGUACAAACGCCAGCCGGACUGUCGCAAGCAGCUGAAACUGAAAGGCGCUGGUGGCGAGGAUGAGUUGAAGUAUCCGCUUAAGACACAAGAUGCGAGCUGCGAGGGCUUGGCCUGGUAUGUCGAGGCUCAAUCCCCGGAACGUUCGCUCUUUGUGCAGACCUGGGGCUCCUAUUUGCCCGUCGAUCCCACCUCCGAGGAUGCCAUGCGCUGUCACACGAAGAAUCGUCUGAUGGUCUACUCUGGUCGACCUCUGAAACCGAUGCGUGUUGUUUGCCCAGCGCAAAGUGGCCCGAGGCCAACGUCGCUGCACAUAUUCUCCGAGGACUGGACCAACGGGCAACCAUUGUUCAUGAACAAACCCAUGAGCUUGGUGCUGGAGCCCAUACUCAAGGAGCCCGGCGACAUUGCCUUCACAUGGCUGGAGAUUCAUCGCACGAAGAAUGCGCUGCUGCAGCAAUUGGACCUGCAUGUGAAUGCAAGCGUAACCACUGGCAUGGGAACACCACCCAGCAGUGGUGGUGGUGGUGCGGGCAGCGGUGGUGCUGUGGUGGGCACAGGCAGUGCCGGAGUUGCCGGCGCCGGAGGCAUUGCGACCAGCUCGGCAGCCAAUGAGACGCUCAACGAAUUUGGUUUCUAUCCCAAGGAGUCGGACUGCGAGUACAAAUGUCCUGAAAUUGAUGCAUGCAUUGCGGCCAGUCUGUGGUGUGAUGGUCAUCACAACUGUCCCAGCGGCUUCGAUGAGUCCGAGGAGGAGUGCGGCACGGCGCGUAAACUGCUCGAGCUGCCCGGCGGCGUCUUUGCGGCAUUGGGUUGCAUCGCAGCCGCUUUGACCGCUUGCCUCAUAUUCUGCAUGUUUGGACUGAUGCGCAAGCGAAAAAAGUCGGUGGUACAGAAGAGCGGCGGCUUCAUGAAUGGUGCCAAUGGCAAUGGCAAUAUGCCAGCUGCCUGCAAUAUUGGCACACUGAAGAAGGACUUCAAGAAGGAGGCGCUCUACAUCGAUCCGGCGUCCUGACAUCCACUUCAGCCGGUCGAAUACAUUCAUGUGGAUCGCGAGACUACCGUGUGAUAUGUUGCCGCCGGCUGUGGCUUCUACGAUAAAAUGGAGCAGGGCCUCAGCAUUGCCUGACCCGAGCAGCAACUGGAACUGGAGGGGAAAUUGCAAUUGAAUGGGGAAGGGAAACGGGAAGGGGAAAGGGAAAGGGAACAGAUGCAUAUGGAGCAAAUGGAGAUUAUUGUUGGUCCAGUCCAGGAUCUGGCUUGGAGAUUUUAAAUGCUGUCGUUGAGAGAGUGAGUGCAAGAGGAUGCGAAAGGAUUUCGAAUGAGCCAAACAGGGAGACAGACAGAGAGAGAACUAAAUAGCUUAAAUGUAAGUUCGUAACUUUUCUAAGCGCUUCAACAGUAAAAAUGUAAGCCAUGAAUCCGUGAAAGUUUAGUCCUAGGCAAAACAAAAAAUGCAAAAGCAGAUGCAGAUACAUUUACAGAUACAGUUAUCGAUACGAAUAGAUAUUAUGUGUGUAUAGAAUUGGGUUCAUUUUUAACAUUUUCAUUUAACAGUCAUCACUGCCUAGCGAGUCCUGUAUAUAACUAUAAUCAAAAUAACAAAAUAUUUUAGCAUUUAUCCGGAAAGAAAUACUUUAAUUUUCCAUCGAACAAAAUACUUUAAUUUUCGCAAAGUUGUCAUAUCAAAAUUAAUAUUUUCCACCUCAUAAAUGAACAACAUUUUCAAUGCAUUUCUAAUCUUUGAAAGUCUGAUUUAUGUAUUUAUUGAUAUUGUUUGUCAACUCUCUAAUUUCUAAUUUCUAUGAAAGUCGCCUUAGUUCUUCUUGUUUGGGGGCGAAAAGAGCAAAGCGAAAACUAUUGUAAAUUAGGUACCUUUAAUAUGAUAUAACAGUACUUAAAAUGAGAGCCCUUGGCAUAUAAUAUUUAGUAUAGCACACACAUAGCACACAGCAAAAGAAAAUUAGUUACAAUUAGCAGACAAAAUCAUAAAUUACAAUUAAAUUGUAUAAAUAUAUUAAAAGCAAACGUGAAAGCGAAAUUGAAAUGCAAACGAAGAUUGAAAAGAUGAAUUGCAAAAGUUUUUGAGGCAUAAUAUGUAGCUUAAGAACUUAGGGUCUAGUUAUUAUAAAAGAAAAAAGAAAAAACUGUUAGCGGCAUUUCAAAUGGGGCAGGUAAAAGAAUCUCGACAGUGUUGUGAUGAUCCAAAGGCAUGCACAUACUGAACUAUGUUUAACUAUAGUGUGAACUAAGCAACUAAGGCAUUCAGUGAGUUAAUCAACAACUAAGGCAGUUAUCAAAUGAUAUGAACAAAUACUCGUACAUCGUAUAUAGAGUAUAUAUGUAGGCAUGACAGCACCGUGAGGUUUUUUUGAUACAGCACACAAAAGAAAGAUAAACAAAUAAAUUGUUAUUAAUUCAAUUAAUAAUAAGUAACAAAAUCAACCGCGAUAAUGUUCACAAUCACCGAUUAUCAAAGAAAACUGCCAUUAAAUGUCUUCAAAUGUGUUGAAAUUGUUUUUGUAAUGAGUUUAUACAUUUUCCAUAUUUUCAUUCAAUUAAUUCAAUUCAACUUUAAAGACUCAAUACUUUUAAGAAUUCAAUUUCCAAUUGUCACGUUAAGAUCUGCUCAGUUAUUCAUUUGUAAUUUGCAAAAACAAAAACAAUUUGAUAAGAAAUCAAAUUCCUAAUGAUAUUAUUAAAGAAUAGCAUUUAAAAUUAACAAACAAUUUGUAAAAAAACACAAUAACAACCUAAUAUAAAUGAUUAUAGAGUAAUUUAUGCCAAUUUGUAUGCCGUACUUAGAACCUAAGUCAUACGAUUAGCCCGAUAAAUGCAUCAAUAUAUAGUAUAUAUAAACAAUCAACUUUUCGACACAGAUGAGAUCCAUUUAAACAUAUAAGACAAAUGUACUUUAUUUUAAAUGCACUAAAAAUAAAUAAAGAAAUUAUUAAUAAGUAUAAAUGGAAUUUGAAACUAAAUAUAUCGCCAAUAGCAGACCCCAUAGAAAAGAUCCAUUCAACUUUUAAUUCAAGAAUAAUGUAAAAAGGCGAAAUUGAAAUUGUAAUGAAAGUCAAAUAUAAAUUUAUUAUAGUUUCAAUUCACAUAGCAUUUAUUUUCCACUAAAAUUCGCACUUUGUACAAUUUUAUGAAAGUAAAUAUUUUUUUGUCGCAAAUAAUUGUGAGAAAUAAAAUUACUUAUAAUAGCAAUCAUUGCAUAUAACAAACCAAACACCAAAAACACAAACUAGUAAAUGAUUCUAUAAUGAAAGCUGUCUUCGGUUAUUCGAAAUAACCUUGUAGGAUUGCCAAAGAUCUUACUGUAAUCGAAUUUCUAUAAAAUUCGAUAGUUAACUACAAGGGUAUAAGGAAAUCGAUAAGCAAAUCAAUUAAACACGCAAUUGGUGCAUAGGCCAAAUUUAAAAAGAUUUAUCAACAUAUAUAGGAAAUGUGACAGAUCAGAUUCAAUAAGUAGCCUAAAUAACAGUUACUGCAUUUCUCUCACGGUCACAGUCACAGUUACAGUCGCAGUCACAGUCACGAUCAAAAGUCACAAAUUAUUUACAGUUCGGUUCAGUUCCUUCUCUCAGAAAACAGAAAAAAAAAACGGAAAACACGACCACAAACUAUGAAAAAUUA